ACCUGGAUCAAUUUGAAUCUAGGUACCUGCAUUCACCAGAGUCUGAAAAAGGUACUGUAAUCUAGAGUUUCAGGUACCGGACUAUCUUGUUAGUUUUUUCAGAUUCUGUCAGUUGUAUUUUAUAACUAUAUGUUUAGUUUGAAUUUUAUUUGCUUGACUUUGUACAAUUCUCUCAUUUGCCAGUGGAUAUGAGAAGAGUUUAAUUGAUCAAUAGCAGUCACUGCUAAUAUUGAAGUGAUAUGAAGAUGUUUUUGUAAAUAUCCAUUUGGGGUAUGGAUCUCGGAAGUUUAUACCUUAAGAGGAUUGAGGUAAUUCACUAAAAUUUGUUCAUUCGUUGUCAACUAUUGCAGCACAUGUCCAGUCAUUAAUUUUGUUAUGGUUGAAAUUUUGAAAAGCUGAUUUUUUGGGCUCUAUUGAUGCCUCAGUAUGAAAUCUAGUGCUUAAAUAUGCUGGUUACGUAUUGUUCAACUCUGUAAGGCAAAGCCACAAGCUUUUUCAGGUAGAAGAGGAUGUCAUCAAUGGGAUAGUUUUCCAGUUUCUUACCCAUAUUUUUUAUGUUAAUGGAUUUUGCCCAUGUAUAAAAACAUUCUUUCCUUGUAUUCCUGAUGUACUUUUGCAGUUGUUAGUAAUUGUUUUAAUGCAUUGUUAUAGGUCAAAGGGAAGUAGCCAUGCUGAGAGGCGAGAGCCAUGGCACAUAGUAUAGAUGGGGCUGUGAAGUUGUACCGAGUAACUGGUAGCAUGCUUGCUUUGAAUUCAACGAAGUUACUGUAGAGGCUCAACGAUGAAAUUAUUUGAUCGUUGCCUCGGUGGUUUACUCAAAAUCAAGAAAGAAGUUAACAAGAUUGAACCGAGUUUUAUCCUUUCUUGGUUAUUAUUCAUGCAUUAAAAAGUGGAAUUAUAUAAAAAUCAUUGCCUGUGGUCUGAGAUGCCAAUGCCUGGAUGCGCUGUAUUUCCCCAGCAAGGAUCAUUAAAUUGGCUGCGAUUUUAUCACAACUUAAAAAAGUGAUGAAGGGUAUUAAAGAUUCUUGUUUUUCAUUCUUGAUCCAAAGGUGAUAAUGCUGAAAUAUCCAGUCUCUCUCUGGCAACAUUCUUAGCAAAUGACCAGAUGGUAGCCCUGCUUAGACCUCGUAAAGUGGAUUAUGAAGCCACAUUCAAAUACCCUACUCCCUUCAUUAGCAUAUUGAGAAACAUAAUUGUUAGACCAGUGUUCAAAUCUCCUGGAAUGAUAGAACUUCUCGUGUUGAUUCCAACGAUGCAAAGAAACAAGUUCUUGUCAGGCCCCUAUUCGGUAUUCCGGGAAAACUAUAAUUUACUGGUCCAAAAUGUCUUGGUUCUGACAACACAAAGGAACUUGUUCACUAAGUUCAAAAACAGUAAAAGAAAUAUUAUUAGGGUACAUGGUUUGUGUACAGAUUUUAGUAAAAAGUUCAAGUAAAACUUUACCAGUCAUCUAUCAAAUAUCAACCUCUUUUUAGAGUCUAGAGAAAAGUUUUGGUGUAAAAAACUGGAAUGUGCGUGGUUAUGGCCCAGCUGAGCCCGUAAAGCCAGAGACCUUAGGGCGUCAUUUGCUUUUAUAUUUUGACUUCUAGAGUGCUGUUCCAGGGCAAUGUCCUGUUAUAAUCCAAAGGAUAUAGUGGGCGUGCGAGAGGGCCCCUGGCACUAGUUUUAGCUACUGAUAAUGGUGACAAAAGAAAACUCAGGUCAUAAUGACUAGGCCGCUCAAAAAAAAAUUCCGUCUUUAACCCAUUAAUUCCUUUGCUCUUUAUAAUGUAAAGCUGAAAAACAGGAAGACGAGGACAAAGAUGAACUGCCUUUAAUGGGAGCAUUUCCAGUACAAUAGAAUAUAUCCCCUCCCACUUUUCUCCCUUUUCGUUUUUCCCAAUAAAGAAAAACCAUGCAGCUUAGUUUCACUUCCCAUCAUAAAUUUCAAACUGUUUCUUUCUCUUCUUUGGCUUGUUCUUGCUUUAGUUGUUGGAAUCAAAGUCUCAGCUUUAGUGAAAGUGGAGAAGUAGACAAAUUUAAAAUGAGCUCAUGCAGCAUUAAAAGCUCGUCCCAGAAGCUGGAAAAUAUAGAUGAGAAUGGUCCUGCAAGGUGGUUGCCAAUGUCUUGUCCCCCUCCUGAAACUCCUACAGAGUCCAUGGAGUUUCUUGCCAGAUCAUGGAGUCUCUCCUCUAUGGAACUCUCGAAAGCCCUUGCCAAGACGCAUAUAGCAACUUCCAAUGUCCUUGAUGAGAAGUCAUCUGUUUCUUCUGUUGGAAAUGAAGAAACGCAUGAUACAAGCUCUACUGCUUCAAGGGAACCCCUACUUCAGCAGUUACCUAUUGGCGGUAGCCCUCCAACUUCCCCAAGGGAGAGUGAAGAUCUGAAGGAACUAUUUUUACUUCAUCAAGCACUGAAUCCAGAAUUUCUCUCUAACCAGCAACUACUUAAAAAUGGGAUAUACAAGAGCAUAGUAAGAGGGAGAACAAUGGGGAGAUGGUUGAAGGAUCAGAAAGAGAGGAAGAAGCAGGAGAUCAGAACCCAUAAUGCACAACUGCAUGCAGCUGUGUCAGUGGCUGGAGUUGCAGCUGCCGUCGCAACACUUGCUGCCUCCAAUGCGAUGUUACCUGAAAUGGCAACUAACUGUCCCAAGGCAUCUUCUCAAGUAUCAACUGCUAUCGCAUCUGCAGCAGCUCUCGUCGCAUCCCACUGCAUUGAGGUUGCAGAGGACAUGGGAGCUGAUCAUGACCAAAUUUUAACAGUAGUCAACUCUGCAAUGAAUGCUAGAACAAAUGGAGAUAUCAUGACCCUAACAGCUGGAGCAGCUACAGCCUUGCGAGGAGCUGCCACACUAAGGGCAAGGCUGCAAAAGACUACGACAUUUGCUCUAGGUGAAGAACAAGGUGAAGCGGGCAACGAAUUGAACAUCUCAACAGCAUUGAACUUUGUCGCAACAGGGGGAGAACUACUUAAGCGUACAAGAAAAGGAGCUCUACAUUGGAAGCAAGUUUCUUUCUACAUAAACUCAAACUGGCAGGUGGUGGCGAAAUUGAAAAGCAAGCAUAUGGCAGGCACAUACACUAAAAAGAAGAAAUGUGUGAUCACAGGAGUCCAUAAUGACAUCCCAGCAUGGCCCAGAAGGGAGAAAGAAAACAAUGCUGAACAGAGAGCUUACUUUGGGAUUAAAACAGCAGAUAGGAUAAUAGAAUUUGAGUGCAUGAGUAAAGGUGACAAACAGAUGUGGAAGGAUGGAAUCCAGCAUAUGUUGAAUUAUUGUAGCAAUAUAGCAUAUUUCUGAGAAACUAAUUGGAUUGAUGGAAAAACUGGUUUUUCAUUUCUGAAGCAAUCAUGUUGAAAUGUACAUAUCUGAUUCCCCAGGCAGUGGGCCUAAUUUGCAAAUAAUACCAACUUCUACAGUCCUAUACAGAAAAAUUGGAGAAAAGAAGAAAAGAAAAGCAAAAUCUACAGGUUGGCUUGGGUACAUUCUCCGGUGAGGUUUUUGAGAACGAAAAUGCUUAACAGAAGCCAGCAUCUAAUCAUAAAUAUUGUUAGAAUCUCUCCCUGGAUUCAUUCAAUAGGGCUAGUAGGUAUAAUGAUAUUUGAUCACUCAAGCUCCUUCGGAAAAUCAAUGUUAUCAACAAAGACCUGCAGGAAAUGAGGAAAAAAGUUGAGGAGAUCAAUUCAUUUGGAUCUACAAGACCCUCAAAGACAUACACUCCAAGCUAAAGCAUUAUUAGCCAUACUGAUUUCUAGCCAUCAGGGUCCAGGCAAGCAGUAAUCCUAGUGUUGAUGCCUGGCAAGGGCCCGGGCUCACGAGUAAUCUUUCCUCCACACAGCUUAAUUGCUUCUGCAGUCUUAUAUACAUCAUCUGUGCCUAUUGCUAUCUGGAAAGACACAAUUUCAGUCUACAUAUGGAAUAGAAUAGGCCUAAUGAGGGAUCGGUAAUUAGAUGCAGAGAUAGGAAACAAAGAUCAAAUUCACGUGCAUGCUGCUUAAACUGAAAUACUAAAAAGCAAUGCAGGAAAAAAAAAAAGGAGUUUACCGCAUAACCAUUUCCUUUAUCAUAUACUGUGACCCCAUAGUUGUAUGUCAGUUCCAGCACGGCAUUUUUAUCUUCAGGACCAUAGCCCAUCAUGGCUGUUGUAUACUGAAAAGUAUGCAGAAAUAUUAAUAGGAAACUAUAAAAUGACCAGAUAUGAUCAAAUAUUCAAUAUUUUGAUGGUCAGUCAAGAGUGUAUCUUUACAUUAUACUCAGGAUUAUCUUUCUUCCGAAGUAGCUCCAUGCCAAAAGCCUAAAAAUCCAGGAACAAAGAUUGGUAUAUAAGCAUUUUAUAGUGCUAUAAGCCACAGAAGCAAU